GUUUUUCUGCCUGUGACAUAAGAAAUGGAAUUGGACCUCAUCGAGGGAACAAUCUGCAUUUUUCUAACUGGACAUGGCAUUAUAGGAAACAUCUCUGUUUUUCUGAAUUAUAUUUUCAGUUUCUGGGAAGGCACUGUAAAGAAAUCUAUACAUCUUAUUCUUAUCCAUUUGGCUUUGACAAAUAUCAUAAUGCUCCUCUCCAAAGGGAUGCCAAAGACAAUAGCAGCAUUUGGCUUGAGAAACUUUCUAGAUUCUACAGGCUGUAAGAUUAUUGUUUUUCUAGACAGGGUAGCUCGUGGCCACUCAAUCUGCACCACCAGUCUCCUCACAGUGGUCCAGGCCAUCAUGAUCAGUCCCAGCACCUCCAGGUGGAGGAGGCUUAAGCUGAGGUCUACAUGGGACAUCCUUCUCUUCUUGCUCUUCUUUUGGAUUCUCAAUUCAUUGAUAAGUAUGAACUUACUCAAUUCAAUCAGAAGUAGCAACAUGAACACAUCACAAAUCAGUAAAAAUAACUACUAUUGUUAUUUUCUACCAGGGAGAAAGGAAAUACAAUGGCUUUUUUUCAUGCUUAUGAUCCUACGUGAUAUCAUGUUUCAGAGUGUCAUGGGUGGAGCCAGUAGCUACAUGAUAUUUCUUCUCCACAAGCACCACCAGCGGGUUCGCUACCUUCAGAGCCCCCAGCUUCUCUACAAAACUCCUCCCGAGAUGAAAGCUGUUCACAGUGUUCUCCUUCUCAUGCUGUGUUUUCUUUUCUUUUAUUGGACAGAGUGUGUGUUUUCUCUACUUUUAUAUUCCUCCUUGGAGAAUAAUCCCGUGGUGUUAGGUAUUCGUGAAUUUCUGACUCUUGGUUUUGCAAUUCUUAGCCCAUUUGUGCUGAUUCUCAGAGAUGGAAAUCUAGCUGCAUGUUGGAGUCCUUGGUAG